AUGCUGUGGCAGAGCUUCGACUACCCGACCGACACGAUGCUGCCGGGCAUGAAGAUGGUGAUCAAGCACGGUGCGCGUGCCGGUGAGCGCCUGGUGUCAUGGAAGGGCCCUGGCGACCCCUCGCCGGGGAACUUCUCCUACGGCAGCGACCUGGCCACGUUCCCGCAGAUAUUCCUCUGGGAUGGCACGCGCCCGGUGUACCGUAGCACGCCGUGGACGGGGUACAGGGUGAAGAGCGAGUACCAAUUCCAGACGACCAACACCAGCUCCAUCAUCAUCUACCUAGCCGUCGUCAGCGACGACGACGAGAGCUACACAGUCUACACCGUCUCAGACGGCGCUUGGCUCACCAGGUUCGUGCUGACCUACUCCGGCGAGCUUCAAAUCCAGAGCUGGAACGCCAGCUCGUCAGCCUGGGCCGUCCUCGGGCAGUGGCCGCAUUACCAGUGCGACCUCUACGGCUAUUGUGGCCCCAACGGGUACUGUGACGCACUGCCCGUGCCGGCAUGCAGGUGCCUCAACGGCUUUGAGCCGGCAAGAGCAUAUGAGUGGACCACCGGGAGGUUCUCGGAGGGGUGCCGUCGGAAGGAGGCGCUGAGUGGGUGCAGUGCCGACGGUGACGGUUUCUUGGCGUUGCCGGGAAUGAAACCGCCGGAUGGCUUUGCGCUUGUGGCGAACAGGACGCUGGAGGGGUGCGCGGCGGAGUGCCGCCGCAACUGCUCGUGCGUGGCGUACGCUUACGCCAACUUGACCAGCGGCGCAUCUAGUGUAGACAUGACGAGGUGCUUAGUUUGGGCUGGGGAGUUAGUUGACGUCGGGAAGCUGGGCGCAAGCCCCGCCAGCGACAAGCUCUAUCUCCGGCUUGCAGGAUUGGAUGCUCCAGCUGCUGGUAAAAGGACAAAGAGCAAUGCAAUGAGGAUUAUACUGACGGCCCUAGGAAGCAAUGUGGUGAUAAUCAUGUGCACUUUCGUUGCAUGGUUGAAAUUCAAAGUCAAGAACAUGAAGUGUGAAAAACACAAGAAGGUGACGUUGGAUGGUUCUAGUGACCUCGAGUUCCCUUUUGGAUACAUGGCUCCUGAGUAUGCAAUGGAAGGUGUCUUCUCUACGAAGUCGGACAUCUAUAGCUUUGGUGUGUUACUGCUAGAGAUUGUUACUGGUAUAAAGAGAAGCUCUAGCAUUCACACCAUGGGCUUUUCUAGUCUCAUAGACUAUUCGUGGAAUAUGUGGAAGGAAGGGAAGACAAAAGAUUUGGCUGAUUCAUCUAUCAUGGAUACUUGUUCACCAGAUGAACUUUUCCUUUGCAUCCACGUAGCACUACUGUGUGUUCAGGAAAACCCGGAUGAUAGUCCGUUGAUGUCAUCAGUUAUGACCACCCUAGAGAAUGGAAGUACCACACUUCCAACUCCCAGUCGCCCUGGCUAUCUUGUGCGGCGGAACACCGAAUUAGACCAAUUCAGAAAUAACAUUCAAAAUUCUUUGAAUUCUUUAUCCGUUACUGAAAUAGAUGGCCGGUGA